AUGGUUUUCAGCCUCUUCUGCUCUAAGCUCACUGAAUGCCAGCUUCCUACUGAGCACCACAACAAGGUGAAUUGUUCGAGAAAGCGGGUCGCUCCCGAGCCAGGAGUUUUGGACGAGGCCCGAUCUGGAUCGUGGGGCCCCUGGGGUCCGUGGGGCGAGUGUUCACGCUCGUGUGGCGGAGGGGUACAGGAGCAGAGCCGGCCGUGUCUCCCGACCUACAGCCCUCCGGCCACGACGUUUACCCCCAGAUACGGUCCUCACACGGGACAUGAAGAUCUACCUCACGUGAUCUCGGCUCUGAAGCCGUCCGUGCCGCUGUAUCACGGGAAUAACGGUCAACCGCCUGACGCUCAAGGGUCACUCAAUUUCAGCCAUGGAGAGCAGAGAAAGAAGCAGAACGGAACGCGGCCCGGACGACGGCGAGGCAGCGGUCGGAUCAGCCCCGGGAUGUACGGUUACGGUAAGAUGCCGUAUGUGGUCUCCUCACACAAAGACCAGACGCCAACUCAGCACAACCAGCGACGGUCCCGCUCUCCAUCCGACUACAGGAAGAACGGUUCCAGGCAGCGGCAGCAGAAGUCCAGAAAUAAUCAACAAAUUAUUCCUCAGAAUACCCAGUAUGGUACCAGCCAGCCGCCAGCCUGGGUGUCUGUUCACCAGUCCGGCUCAGGAAUCCAGUCUCAGCAGGAGCCACAACGUCCUGGGACACUGGUGUCAGGUUUAAACCCAGUAUGGGAUCAGAACCUGCUGCCGGCGUCAUCAUGCGCUGGAGCCGUCAGCCAGUACAAGAUGUGCAACACCGGUCCGUGUCCCCCGUCCAGUAGGCACAUCAGAGACGUCCAGUGUUCCUCCUAUAACAAUCACCCCUUCAUGGGACAACUCUAUCAAUGGGAAGCUUUUAAUGAAGUUCCGGUGGAGCAGCUCUGCCAGCUGAACUGCCGGGCCAUCGGUUAUCGUUUCUACGUCCUCAAGUCAGAUCGGGUCAUCGACGGGACCCCAUGUGGACAGAACGAGACGGCGAUCUGCGUGGCUGGAAAGUGUGAGAGUCCAGGCUGUGAUGAGCUGCUAGGUUCGAUGAAGGUGCUGGAUAAAUGUGGUGUGUGCGGUGGGGACAACACGGCCUGUCGGCUGGUUUCUGGUCUCUUCCAUCACAGCCUGUCCAAAGUGGGUUACCACAAGAUCGUGGAGAUCCCAGAGGGAGCCAUCAAAAUCAACGUCACUGAAAUGGUCAAGAGCCAGAACUACCUCGCUUUACGGAGUCGUUCUGGACACUCCAUCAUCAAUGGAAACUGGGCUAUUGACCGGCCAGGAAAAUAUGAGGGAGGAGGGACCAUGUUCACGUACCGGCGGCCCAAUGAGAUUAGCAGUACGGCCGGGGAAUCCUUUCUUGCAGAGGGGCCGACAAAUGAGGUCCUGGACGUUUAUAUGAUCUACCAGCAGCCCAAUCCUGGAGUGCACUACGAAUACAUCCUCCCAUCAGAGAACUCCAUCAACACCAACACCAACACACAAGAGGGUAACACAGUGAAUCAUGGGACUGUUCAUGAUCACUACGGGAGAGGGACGUCUCAGGAAGGACAUGACCGGACGACUGGGCACCGAACGCCACCCCACGUCACUGAAAACCAGGUACCACCCCGCCGGCCCCGGGAGUACAACUGGAAACUCACGGGCACCACUGACUGCAGCGCCUCCUGUGGCAGAGGUAUCAGGUACACUGUGUUCGGGUGUGUGCAUCGAGUUACCCACGAACGUGUAUCAGACAGUCUGUGUGAUGUCAGUACUAAACCCAGCGCACAGGAGGAACCCUGCAACGUCCAGCCGUGUCCUGCAUUUUGGGAUAUCGGCGAGUGGUCGGAGUGCAGUAAGACCUGUGGCCUUGGCGUGCAGCACCGACAGAUCCUUUGCCGCCAGUUUUACGCCAACCGGACUCUUACCGUACCCGCAAAACGCUGCGAGCAUCUAGAUCGGCCCGAGAGCAGCAGCACGUGCCAGCUGAAGAUCUGCAGCGAGUGGCAGAUCCGCUCCGAUUGGAGCUCUUGCUCUAUGCCCUGUGGAGUGGGACAGAGGACACGAGAGGUGCACUGUGUCAGUAAUGUGGGGGACGUUGUGGAAGAUGAGGAAUGUAACGUGAAGCUUCGGCCCAUUAACAUGGAGAACUGUGACAUGGGACCCUGUGCAAAGAGCUGGUUCUACACUGACUGGGCAGACCGGUGUUCUGCAGAGUGUGGUUUCGGAGUGCGCAGUCGCAGUGUGGUGUGUCUCUCUAACCUGGUGAGCAGUGUGCCUCUGGAAGGCUGUGGAUCAGAGCGCCCCCCUCAGACUCAAGCGUGUAAUAAUGGUCACUGUGAGAGCCGCACUGAGUGGUUCAACGGGCCGUGGGGACAGUGCUCGGCGGAGUGCGGUGUGGGGAGCCAGCAGAGGACGGUGGUGUGUAUGAUGAAAUCUGAUGAUGGCUACACGGUGAUGCCGCCUUAUGAAUGUUCAUCUCUGGAUAAACCGCUGAGCCAGCAGGUCUGCAACAUGAAGCCCUGCGGAGCCAAGUGGUUCUACACUGACUGGAGUGCAUGUUCAAAGACGUGUGAGGGGGGGUUCCGUGUUCGGGAGGUGCGCUGUCUCUCAGACCAGAUGACUCCGAGUGAGGGAUGUGGAGAACGACUGAAACCAAAGGAUAAAGAGGAGUGUAACCUGGAGCCCUGCCUUCCACACAUCGACGAGAAGUGUCACGACAAAUACUUCAACUGCAACGUGGUGGUCCAGGCCCGACUGUGCGUGUACGAUUACUAUAAGAAGGCCUGCUGUGCAUCGUGUGCCCGUGUGGCGCAGCGGCAGUCGCCACACAGGAACUACAGAUAG